CUAUUAACAUAAUUUUGAAGUGUUCAGAAUGAGAAUAGUUGUUAAAAGGGAACAUUUCGUUUGAAAUCAUAAACUUGGCCAGGCGUGAACGUCGUGAUUGAAUAACUACGUCAGCGUGGUGCAUAUGAUAUUGAAGUAUCCAGACUUAAGUUUCUGCAUUGCAUUGGUAUUGAUUUCGUAGAAGAAACUUUGUCGAACCCAAACAAUUCCAACAAGUAUGCCGGUCGCCAAGUUUGUGGUGCUGAAAUUGAGGGAUGACCCUUCGAACACCCAGAUGAAGAAGCAGCUUUUAGGCAUGCAGAAGCACAUUUUGCUGCUAGGAGAGAGCCAGAAGCGGCUUGUUCAGCAGCUGAGGAAGGAGCUGGAAGCUAAUUCAACCAACAGUACGCUUAAUGUGAAGAGUGUGGCCCUGUCCUUGGGAAUCUGUAGCAAUGCGAAGAGCCUGGAGAAGAACUCCUGCUUACCUGUGCGUUCUUCAUCAGUGUCAUCCAGCUCCUCAACAGCAUCUGAAGACUUGGAUGACUCACAGAGAGUGUGUGAUGAGGUUGUGCCCAAGUGCUGCGAUAGCACGGGGGGAGAUCCAAGUUUGGCCACAAAGCUGCAGUUCAUGAGUGCAGUUGGUUUGGUGACUCGAGAGGUUCUGUCCGAGUUGCAGAACCGCCGAGUGGAAAGGAAGAGGCGCAGCACCGCUAAUCACACGCAGUUUGUAUAUGGCAGUUUGUGGGAUGUGUCGAAGCGCAAGAAGAACAACUACCUCACAGCAGGGGUGCCACCCCUUACACGCCAGCUCACCCGCAGUCUGAGAGCGGAGUCUCAUCGUGAAGAGAAGCCUCCGUCGUCUUCCGCGCAGGAGAGCAGUGGGGGCGCCCAUCAUAAGACAGCAUCGCCGCAGACUGCUGUGUCCUCUGCAUCGGGAUCGCUCUCGCUGCGUAUUCCUGGAUUGCCAGCGUCGCUCACAAUAGAGAGGAUACAGACAGAUGUGUGUGUCAUUUGCAGGAAGCCAGGCGUGUUACAAGUGUGCAGCAUUUGCAGUGCAGAGCACCACAUUAGCUGUGCAGUUGAUGGCCAAUGUCCUCAGUGCAGUAUGAAGCGUGAUAGCUCGGUCAGCAACAUUGAAGAGCGGGAGGCGCAGAAGCAGAGGCUGUUGAGACAAAACACUGAGCUCAAACUUGAGAAGGACGUGCUCGAGAAGAGGGCUGCUGAGCUCAGUGCUGCCAUCACGGCUCAAACUUCAAACCGGAAGGAGAUGCUGCAGUCGGAAGAAUCGACCAGAAAGUCGAUUCAGCGACUGCAGGACUUUGUGACCAUCAUCAAGUCUGCCCAUUCACCUCCACCCCCAUCAUGAGACUUAGCGUAACACAACACUGCCACUCUUUUCUACUUUCAUAAGAUUUAUUCAUGUAAUGUACACAGCACUUUGGUGUCUGGUUCUCACCAGAGUGCCGUGUCAGUUUUUAUAGGGUUGGAACAUAUCCUUUGUGGAGCUACGUUCGUACCGCCUCCCCCAACUGUAUGGGGGAGGAUGUUGUUAAAAGUUAUUAAACAUUGUUAAUUUUCCUGUGCUUUAUAGAGUAGUUUCAUAUAAAACUUUUCCUUAAUUGGGCUGAAUUCAGUUCGUCUGCCUCAUGUCCUCAUGUAAGAUAAAUCAUUCAGUUGGAGUUGCGCAAUACCCAAACUUGCUUUAUGUUGGGACCGGCAGAAAUUUUACUGUCUGUUAUUGGAUCAAGGAGAAUUUGAUAAGAUUUGUUUGGCGGUGCCAUAAUUUUAAUGCUGGACCAUGAUUUUAAAUUUUUGAAAAUUUGUGUAAGUCUUAAAUAACAAAUAUGUUUAUUGCUUCUUUAUGGUGGUGGGUAUUGGCAACAAGUUGUUGUUAUUAUUUGUAUUGUAUUAAUGCAAAUGUAAGCCACAUGCGUGUAUAAGAUGUGCUGAAUUUUAAGAAGGAAAUAAAAAAUAAAAAAUGUCCUACUUAUAAGCCAUAUUAAUGCUUUUAGGUUAAUUUUCCCUCAAGUGCCAAUUAAAAAAAAUGUAUUGCAUGCUGAUCACAAAAGUGGAACUAAAGGUGGAGUGCUUUGACAAAUGUACAGGUAAUGACCGUUAAUACGAGUGCGGUGGAGGCAGAAAACAAGCUAGCAUUCACCGACUUACAUUAGGUAUUCGAUCAGAAUGGUAUUGGUUCAUGUGACAAACCACUAGGCUGCUAUGCAGUGAACAAAUCUAAAAGCCUGGAAAAUACGUGAAUUAUUGGUGCAGACUCCACUUCCACGUCUGCUUGUGGUAAAAAUGCCUUCCACCGUUUGCUGACCCACAUAUCUCUUCUGCUGCCUCGUACUUCUUAAGUCAUACAGUUACCAAAAUUAAUGCAAUUGAUUGACAUACUGAAGAUGGCGUAUUCACAUACCAAACAACCUGAGGAAAGGAACAGCAUAAUAAUUUUUCAUUGCUUUGUAAAACAAUCAUGAAGAUUUGAUGUGAGUACUAUCUGAUAAUUCAGGUUACCCUAGCAGUGCUAUUACUUCGAUACUGCUGGGCUGAGGUUUUUUUUUUUUUCAGCAGAGCAUUUGCUCCACCUUCCCACUCCUACAAGUAAUGAAACUCAACUGUGUGUGUGGCAGCUGUUGAAAUGAGUAAGAGACUGAGAGAGAUGGCAUGCAACAAGUUCUGUUGCUACUCAUCAAAAUAGUAUUGGUUCAUGUCACAAAUCACUGGACUGCUGGCUCAUAUUCAUUUGGGCUGAGGGUGUGUUUCCUGAACAUGGAGUAUGAUCGAUGAUUUUCGUACUCCCCUUCACUUCCUUAUGCGAGGCAUAGUUCUCUCUUGCAGAUGAUUUCGUGCGCUGCCGCUAACUGGCUGCUUAAGUUUGUUUAAAAGUUCUUACCCCUUCAUUCCAUCUCAUCAGUCUCCCAUCAAGUGCAACAGCUCGCUUCGCUUCCAGAACAUUGGCAGUAAUGCAGCGUUCACAGUCUCUUACCUCAUUAUUUCAUCUGUUGAUUUUUCUGUGAAAAAUCUUUGUAUAUUUAUUAGUGAGUUAUUUGCACUGUGCUCUGUGUAAGAAUGAUGAUGCAACACUUCCCAUUCAGAAGGCAAUAUGUUAAUUAUCUUGUCAUAAUUAAAUAUUCCUACUGUAUGCAGUGCCUUAGUUUUAGGGGAUACAGUUUUGGAAAAAAUAGUGUGGCUUAUAUAUGCAUAAAUACUGUAUUUUAUCUUAAGUGUAUCCGUCUCGGUGAUGAGACCUCCCAGACUUCCAAUUUAAUUAUGUACUUUUAUGCUUGUGCUGGAUUUCUAUCAGUAUUUAUUGCUUUUUCAAAUGUGGCAUCAGUUGUGUGUUGUGUUGUUAUGUUAGAUAAAGAAAAGAAUUUUAUAUUAUUUAUGCAGACAUGUAUACAAUUCUAUCCCUAGUUAUGGCACUGCGUAAAAUAAAAAGUAAAUGUGCGGUUUGUGUUACAACAUUCACUGCUGAUCACUUAUGAGCGGAUAAUUAAAAGCCAUGACUUGGCUCUAUUCAAGCGUGUCUGAUUAUGAAAAUCCCCAGUUUCUACAGUGAAUAUAUUAAUGUUUCUGCAAAUUGAGAUAAUUUUGUCAUUGAAAUGGUUGUUUCAUGCGUGAUGUCCAGGGUUCAGUACCCAGAAGGCAUUUUUUUUCACCACUGUGUAAAUCAUGGGGUUCAGACGCCUCCUAUACAAUGAUUUCCAGGGAAUUUUUCCCAGACAUUGAAGACGACCACUUACCGGCAUAUAAUGCUGAGGUUGGAGCUUUAUUUUUAUGCAAUCAAUGAACAUUGCUGAAGACAGCAUUUGGUUCCAUGGCACCACGGACAGUGGUUAGUAACACGUUUAUUCCAUUGAUGAAGUAAUCAUGGUGUGAUUACCAAAUUAUAUAGUAUGCGCAGUGGUAUAUAUCCAUCUUUACUGUCAAUAGGGUAAUGAUUGAGAGCCUUCCACGCUGGCAUUCCUAAUCUCCAGAAGCAUUCUGUGUCUAACAUUGCUUGUUGUUGAAUAGGAAUCUGGAACCCUUUUGCAAGACAUCUUAGAAGUGGGAAGAGGCAAUAACUGACUGCGCUUUUGUUUUAUAGCAAAGUGAGCUAUGGGUCAUGUCCAGUUCAGUUCAUCAAUUCCUAUCUCCCUAAGGUCCAUCUUAAUGUUAUCCUCCCGCCUAUGCCUAGAUCUUCCCAGUGGUCUCCCCUCAGGCUUCCCAACCAGUACCAUGUAAACACUCCCCCUCCCCCAUUCAUGCUGCGUGUCCCGCCCACUUCAUCCUCCUGUCCUCUCCUCAAAAACCGGCUACAUGGAUCGGAUAAUCAGGGAAGCCAUCAACAUCGAAUUACAUCCCGAUAACUUCAACAGGGAAGAUGGACUUCACCUGAGCCAGUCCUGGAAGCCUCUUAUUCACACUCUUCGAGGACUCCGAGAGCGAGCAAGAGUGCACCGCCAGAACCAACCAGACCACUAACAUGGCCCUUUUCAGGGCCCCGGUCCAUUCAACCAAACUCCUCCUUUCUCUCUUUACUUUCUCUCCUUCUCUCACACUCACCCACGCGCUCCUAUUGGUCCACUCCCACGCCUGCUCCCAUUGGCUCGGGGCAGGCUACACCAUUCACAUUCCGGCACCUGUAAACCUAGCCCCACACACCCUAUUGACAUAUUCAUCGCCCUGAUGACGGAGGCAGUAUGACCUCUGAAACGUUGGUUAACAUCGACCAGACUACACAGCGCAACAACCCAGAAGACAGAAAUCUGCAUCCUUCUCGAUUUAAUCACUCUAACAAUUUCAGGUGAGGAGUACAGGCCGUGAAGCUCAUCGUUAUGCAGUUUUUCUCCAUGAUCUGUUUCCUGCCCUCUUAGCCCCAUGUAUCUUUCUCAAAACACUGUUCUCAAAGACCCUCAAUCUAUGUUCCUCCCUCAAAGUGAGAGACCGAGUUUUGCACCCAAACAGCACAACUGGUAAAAUUACACUUUUGUAUGUUUUAAUCUUUAGGAAGGACAAAAGAUUUUGGACUGAAUGAUGGCAGGCAUUCCCUGAAUUUAAUCUGCUCUUGAUUUCUUCAUGAAUGUCAUUCUGUUUUUUUAGUGUCAUCCCCAAGUACUUGAAUCUUUGUCACAUUUUCGAAUGAUUCAUCAGCAAAAGUGCGUGCACGCGCAUUUGGUCAUUUGCAAGUAUGGAUAUAAAACAGUAUAAUUUCAUCUGCAGAUGUGAUUCACAUUUACUGUAAGCUCCUGAUUAUCUGCGUAGACUUCACCUCAUGACUACAAAUUUUUGUAGCAGCUGUAUUGUCGCUAUAUUCGAACUCUCUCUGGCCCAAUUUAGUCUAGUAGAGUGUCAGCACACGACUGACCUUGUCCUUCGUUCUUAUUCUCCCCAUCCUUUCAUAGCUUUUGUUUUAUGGCAGCAUUUACAAUGUCUGUCUGUUAUGUGCUGGAAGCCCAGUUCAGGCGCAUCACUUUGUGGACAUUUUCCAAUGACUUCUUCAAAAUUUUCAAAACUUUUCAUAACACACGCCAUGUCAAGUAUUUGUUUGGAGGACCUUGCUGUUGGUUAUACAGUGCGGAAUGCAGGCCUGUAGUGGUUGCUGGAGGAACUUGAUCUGAUCGAUGACUUCCAAUUUUUUAGGUUCCCCUGUUUGGAGGGGCACUGUGAUGCCUGUUAGGGGCAUCUGUCCCACUGGCGUCAUCAGUUUGUUACAUGGGGAGUACCUGGAGGAAAAUCCAUCUUACCGAAAGCACUAACUAUCUUUGCAUUUUGGAACUCUAUUAGAAGGGGAAAUUGCAGAAAUUUGAAAUGACAUUGAUUCUUAUACCAUUUUUAUAUCUGCGUCAUAUCAUGUAUAUCAGAACACAGAGAAGAAGGCAGUUGUGAGCUCCAUCGGAUGACUUGUGAUCAGCCAUGAUUUUCUAAAUGAAGAGGUCACUUUUCAAUGGUAAUAGAUGUGUGUUCUGCCCGAACAAGUGACAAGCGCAUCGUAAAUGUCUGACACACGAUGGAGCUCGCCAAACCUGAACUGUAGACUGUGUGGGGAAAUGAAAAAACAAGAAACUCUGUAACCAAAGGUGAGACUUUUCAUCCAGGGUUUUUUCUCAAAAACAGCAUACGAGGAAAAUAGUUCCUACACUCUUAAAGUGUACUAAAUGUACAAUGUUCAUUUUAUUCUUUUUCAGUAUUUACAAAAUAUAAUUUUUUUCUUCAGGCAGUGCGGGGCUGUGUCCAUUUGCUUUAAUUCCUGGCAUUUAAAGUCUGGCCUGAAUUUAAACACCUGGCAGUGAAUGUAUUAAGAUGGCAACACUGAACACUGCUAACAUUUGAAACUCUGCAACUGAUAUAAAAGAACACAUCCAAAUGCCACGAGAUAAAAAAAAAGAAUAUAUGCAAACAUGACUGAGAUACUUUUAAGUUGUUGUAUUGCUUGUAAUCUAUACAUGGACAGUGUCUUCCUGAAAAAUGGCAAACCUAUUGAACUGAAUGUACUGAAGAAUUCUAUUUAAAUACAUACUUUGAUAUGCCGUU